AUGCACCGUCGCCUCCUAGUGUCUGGUCUUCCCAGGUCUCUGCCUCCCCUUCCUGCCUCGCCUGCCCCGCCCUGCCUUCCUUGUGUCGAGGGGCGGCAGCACGCCGCUCCUCACUCCUCCUCGUUUCCCCCGACAGAGGCUCCUCUGCAGACCCUCCACCUGGACGUGUGGGGCCCAGCCCGCGUUCGUGGACAGGGCGGUGAGCGGUACUUUCUGCUGGUUGUCGACGACUACUCGCGUUACACCACGGUCUUCCCCUUGCGCACCAAGGGUGAGAAGUGGAGAGUUCACCUCCGACCUCUUGCGGGCCUUCUGUCGAAGGGAGGGCAUCGAGUAGUCGUCACGCUUCCGAGCUCACCGCAGCAAAAUGGGGUUGCUGAGCGCCGCAUUGGAUUAGUCAUGGAGAUCGCGCGUACCUCCUUGAUCCAUGCGGCGGCUCCCCAUUUUCUGUGGCCGUUUGCGGUCCGGUACGCCACGCAUCAGCUCAACCUCUGGCUCCGUGUCUCCUUGCCGGACACCUCGCCCACACUGCGUUGGACGGGAGAGGUUGGCGAUGCGUCUCAGUUCCGUGUCUGGGCUGCUCGUACCCUUGUCCGCGAUACGUCCGCAGACAAGCUCUCCUCCUGCACCAUUCCAUGUGUCUUCCUUGGCUUUGUCCCUGACGCGCCUGGCUGGCAGUUUUACCACCCCACCUCGCGCCGUGUCUUCCCCUCUCAGGACGUCACCUUUGACGAGUCGGUUCCUUUCUACCGUCUCUUCCCCUACCGCACUGCCCCUCUCCCUCCCCCGCCGCUUUUCCUAACUCUAGCUGAGGGGGGUGACGUUGCUGCUGACGACGCGGCGGCCCUCCGCCACACACCACGCUUGGAAACCCCUCCGGGUUUUCCACCUCGACCGUCUUCGCCGCCUCUGCAGCCGGUUGCUGUCGACUCUGGUGCUGCUGGGGGUGGUGCUGCUAGGGGUGCUGCGUCUGGGGGUGCUGAGCCUGUGCGUGAGGUGCUGGGGGGUGCGGAGCCGAGGGGUGCCGAGCCUACGAGUGCGGAGCCUGGGGGAGCUGACCCGGAGGGUGCCAAGUCUGGGGGUGCUGAGUCUGCUGGCAUUCCGUCGGGUCUCUUUUUACGACGCGGGCCUCUCUCACCACAUCAGCUACGAGAGUGGCUUGCGUUGCGUUCCCGCCUGAGGUCGUGGAGGGGUUCUGAGUUUGUUGGUGCUGAGCCUAGUGGUGCUGAGUCUGCUGGAGGUUCUCCUUGUGCCGCGUCACAGCGGUCACCUCUCUCGCCACAGCAGCUGCGCGAGUGGCUUGCUUCGCGCACCCGCCUUCGGAGUCGCGCUGCUGGAGCUGGAGGUGCUGGUUCUGGGGGUGCUGCUGCUGGAGGUACUGGGGCUGGAGACCCUGGAGCUGGAGACCCUGGAGCUGGAGGUGCCGGUUCUGGGGGUGCUGCUGCUGGAGGUACUGGGGCUGGAGACCCUGGAGCUGGAGGUGCUGGUUCUGGGGGUGCUGCUGCUGGAGGUACUGGGGCUGGAGGCCCUGGAGCUGGUGCUGUCGACCCUGGAGUUGGAGACCCUGGAGCUGGAGGUGUCGGUUUUGGAAGUGCUGCUGCUGGAGGCACUAGAGUUGGAGGCCCUGGAGCUGGUGCUGUCGACCCUGGAGUUGGGAACCCUUGGGCUGGAGGUGCCGGUUCUGGGGGUGCUGCUGCUGGUGGCGCUGGAGCUGGAGGUGCUGGAGCUGGAGGCGCUGGAGCUGGAGGUUUUGGAGCUGCUGGAGGUGCUGGAGCUGGAGGUUCUGGAGCUGCUGGAGGCGCUGGAGCUACUGGUGCUGGUGGCACUGCACAACCGCAAUUGUUCUUCGCUCCGCCGUCACCGUCGUCUCUGCCACCGCCUGACUCUGUGCUUCGCCAGGUUCUUAGCCUCCCGUCUUCUACUGGCCUCCCGUUACAGCCAGGCUCACCACUGCCUGCUCCUUCUCCUUACACUGAGCAGACCGACUCGCUUACAGAGCGUCGUGAGCCUGCGUCUCGUCCUGCCUCGCCUCGUGUUCCCCUGCCGUCUCCUCCUGCGUCUUCUCUGCCUGACGUUCCGGACCCUGAGUCUGACCUGUUUCGUGCUGCUCACCCUAGUUUUACGCGUCUGUUAGCCACUUUUGUCACAGACCCGUCGUUUGAGUCUGUUGCUGCGUCUGCCUUAGUUGCUGAGCUUGUUGACUUUGCUACUGCUCGCCGUCUCAACUACGCUGCUAGUCUUGUUGCUGAGUCUGAGUCUGUCUGUCCUCCGUCCGUUGGGGGUGAGUGUGCUUUUGGCACGGACGUCCUUGAGGACAGGCAGGAGGACUUUGAGUGUCUUGCGGCUGCUGUACCUCAUCUCGUGGCCAUGCUGCUUGCACCUGAGGGAGACCCGGAUGCACCAGAUAUCCCGACCCCGCGCUCUUACGCAGAGGCGAUUACGGGUCCCUACUCCUCUUAG